AUGGAGUUGAGUUUCGUCAACAAGCCAAAGUCCACCCUCUUAAGCGUCAUCUCCUUCAACAGCGAUACCUCGAACUCGUUCAACGACGUCACGUCGACCAAUUUCUGGAUUCCUGCUACCAAAUUCUCUGACGACCCGCUCAUUAUAAAUUGCAUCGACUGCACAAUGUUGCGGUACUGCGUCUCGUCGAGUCUGCUGAUUAGCUGGAACAUGAUCGAUUUCGUGUUGAUGGUGAACGCCAGGAACUUGACAAACUCAAAGUUGUCAAACGUCAUGGUGAACGUUUUCUCUAUGCGGCCGACACUCGGCGUGUCGAUCUCGAACCGCAAAAUCUUGGCCUGUUUCGGUGGCAGCUGGCCAUCGUCGUUGAGCAGUUUGAUCACGUUCUUGCGCAGAAACUUCUUUCCAACAUCCAAACGGUACCGCAGCUGUUCUGCAGUCAGAUUGGUCACCGUCACCUCGACUGUCUCUUUGAACCCAAGCACAAGGUCGAGAUCGAUCAACGACGGUUCCACGUCAAUCGUUGGUGUUUGGUUGAUGAUCUUGUCGAACUGGAGACCGAUCUCGGAACGCAGCUUGCGAACGGCCUCAUAG